AUGAGAAAAGGUCACACCAAGAAUAGGUGUUGGAUUCUUCACCCUCAUUUGAAGCCAAAAUUUGGAAAGGAAGGAAAAGGAGAACAAAAACACAGUGCCAAUCAAGUUUCUGCUGCUGAUGAUUUUGAAAAAUUCACUACCAACCCUUCAGUUUUUCUUGGUAUUGUCAAAGCCUUUGUGACUGCACUUAUUUCUAGCACUAUGUCAAAUGUUUGGGUUAUAGAUUCGGGAGCCACCGAUCACAUGAUGAAUAAAAAACAAUAUCUUUGUGAUUUUAAGAAUUUCACUAAGGCUCACUCUGCCUCUGUAGCUUAUGGAACUGAUGUCUCAGUUUUGGGCCAAGGGAAGUACCCUUUCACAAUACUUAAGUUGUUAUGGUGUAAUUCAUCAAACAAGUUGUGUUGGCACACACCAACAAAUGGGGUGGCAGAGAGAAAAAAUCGUGAUCUCCUUGAAAAAACGCGGUCACUCAUGCUGCAAAUAAAUGUUCCUAAGAAGUUUUGGUCUCAGGGAGUUCUUACGGUAGCCUAUGUGAUCAAUAGGCUUCCAAGUAGAGUUCUUAACUACAAAUCUCCUCCUGAAGUUCUCAAAGGAAGGAAAAUUGAUCUUUCCCCCCUUCGUAUCUUUGGCUAUGUUCGUUUUGUUCAUAUUCAAGGAUUACAUCGAGAUAAAUUUGACUUAAGGGCAGCUAAGUGUGUUUUUAUGGGUUAUUCUUCAACACAAAAAGGGUAUAAAUGCUGUGAUUCAAGAACCCGAAAGAUCAUUAUAUCUCGUGAUGUUGUGUUUGAUGAAACAUGUUCCUUCUUUGAUAAAUCCUAUGGAAAUAAUAGUAAAGGGGAGAGCUUUCUUGAUCAAGUGCCUUUGCCAAUUGUAGAAACCAUUGAUGAUCAUAGUCCUACAAGUGUUCCUUGUUCUCGAGAUAUAACUUCCAGCAGUGAAGGAACACCUUCCAACAACGAAGGUACUCCUUUCGACAGUGUUCAAACUGAGCUUAUUUCUAUUCUUCCUUCUCUAGUUGCACCACGAAGAAAUCCAAGUCGAGCGCGGAAUCCCCCACCAAAAUUCAAGGACUAUGUCAGUUGUACCACUCGAUAUCCAGUUGAAAGGUAUAUUACCUACGCUAAUGUGUCUCAAUCCCAUGCCGCCUUUCUAAGCAAAAUUUCCAACUCUUGUGAACCCAGCUCUUUUCAAGAGGCAAAAACCCAAUUGAUUUGGCAAAAAGCAAUGAGAGAAUAA